UCGACCACAGUGCCGCCCACUUAUUGUCAUGUCUAUUAUUUUAAUUCUAGGUCCUUUUCAGAGACUUUGUAAGUUAAGUUAAAUAAUUUUCCCCCUCUCUAUUGCACAUCAUUAUCUAUACUAUUUUUCAUAUCCAAGUAUCUGUGCUUGUACUUAAGAACGGAGUGUGAGUGCUUUUAAUUUUACUCAAGUGUGUGAUGAGUACUUUUCCCCCCUUCUGCCCCCACGGAAGGACCGCCCGUGCUUCUCUUCCCUCCCAGUCUGUGCUUUGCUCCCUUCCAGUAGGACUCCAACCCGGGUUUUUCCACGCGCAGGAGCAGAAAAGUUUCGCUCCCCACUGGAGCAAAGCGACGUAAGCGCCUCUUGUUGUGUCCCACAGUUUCGGAGCAAGUGGACCCGAAGGACGAGCAGUGGGUUCGGACACCGAUACCGGAGCGCACAUCUGAACGGAAUCACCGCGGUUGUCUGUGUGCGGCUGUGAGAUGCAAGCGUCACUGUUCGUGUUGGUCUGCGUCUUGGCUGCAGCUGCCGGCCAGGAGCCCGACCGCAACCACGGAUGUGCCCAUGGCAGCUGUUACCCGGCAACGGGGGACCUGCUGGUUGGACGAGAGAAGAACCUGAAGGCCUCAUCCACGUGCGGCAUGAGGAGGAAGGAGCCCUACUGCAUUGUCAGUCACCUGCAGGAGGAGAAGAAAUGUUUCGACUGUGACUCCAGACGGCCUUACGACCCCGUCUACAACACCAUCAAUCACCGCAUAGAGAACGUGAUCACCACCUUCAAGCCUCAUCGCAAGAAGUCAUGGUGGCAGUCCGAAAACGGAAAGUCAAAUGUAAAUAUCCAAUUGGACCUGGAGGCGGAGUUUCAUUUCACUCACCUCAUUAUGACUUUCAAGACAUUCCGUCCGGCAGCCUUGCUGAUUGAGCGUUCGGCCGAUUUUGGUCGCACGUGGCAGAUCUACCGUUAUUUUUCCCAUGACUGCGCCGCCAACUUCCCUGGUGUAUCCCAGGGUGCUCUGCACAGCAUCAACGAUGUUAUCUGCGAAUCGCGUUAUUCCGACAUCGAGCCAUCCACAGAGGGAGAAGUCAUCUACAGGGUGUUGGAUCCAGCCAUCAGGAUUGAGGAUCCAUACAGCCCAAACAUCCAGAACCAGCUGAAAAUCACCAACCUGAGGGUGAAUUUCACCAAACUUCACACACUGGGAGACAACCUGCUGGAUCCCAGACCUGAAAUCAAAGAAAAGUAUUACUACGCUAUUUACGAGCUGGUUGUGCGUGGAAAUUGCUUUUGCUAUGGCCACGCCUCAGAGUGCGCCCCAAUCGACGGCAUCAGGGAUGAUAUAGAAGGAAUGGUUCACGGCAAGUGUGUGUGUAAUCACAACACGAAAGGUUUGAACUGUGAGCGCUGUGAAGACUUCUACAACGACAUGCCAUGGAGACCCGCCGAGGGCCGCAACGCCAACGCAUGCAAAAAGUGCAAUUGCAAUAGCCACUCAUCAGUCUGCCAUUUUGACAUGGCGGUGUAUUUGGCCACGGGCAACGUCAGCGGAGGCGUGUGCGAUGACUGUCUGCACAACACGAUGGGCCGAAACUGUGAAUUGUGCAAACCUUUUUACUACAAAGAACCCUUCAAAGACAUCCGGGACCCUCGGGUCUGCGUAGCUUGUGACUGUGAUCCGGAAGGCUCCGAGAAUGGAGGGAUGUGUGACAGCCACACAGCGCCGACGUUGGGCAUGGUGGCCGGUCAGUGUCGCUGUAAGGCCAACGUUGAGGGCCAACGCUGUGACAAGUGUCGGACGGGCUACUUUGGCCUGAGUGCCGACAACCCUCAGGGCUGCCAGCCUUGCCGGUGUGACCACAGGGGAACGGUGGCGGGCAGCACCCAGUGCGACGCGGUCAGUGGCGACUGCUUCUGCAAGCGUCUUGUCACCGGACGAAGCUGUGAUCAAUGUCCGCCAGAACACUGGGGCCUGAGUCUUGACCUGAAUGGCUGCCGAGGCUGUGAAUGUGACAGUGGAGCUGCUCUGGAUAACCACUGCUCCAUCGAUAGUGGACAGUGUCGCUGCCGCAGUCACAUGACAGGACGCCAGUGUACACAGGUGGAGUCUGGCUAUUUCUUCAUGGCUCUGGAUUACCUUUUGUAUGAAGCUGAGUUGGCCAAAAUGGGUCAGGGCUGCACACUGGAGGCCAGGGAACACCAGCAAGGGCGUCCAGCCACAUGGACAGGUAUUGGGUUUGCCCGCAUACCCGAAGGUGGCACUCUUGAGUUCAUCAUCAGCAACAUCCCUUAUUCCAUGGAGUAUGACCUGCUCAUUCGCUAUGAGUCACAGAUGCCCCGGGACUGGGAAGAAGUACGAAUCACAGUCGUCCGUCCAGGCCCGAUUCCAACCAGCAGCCCCUGUGGGAACACAAUUCCAGAUGAUGACAAACUAGUUGUCGCCCUGCCCGCUGGAGCCAGGUUCAUGGUUCCUCCUCAGCCUGUGUGUCUGGAGAGAGGUGUGACAUAUACCAUCCGCUUCGAGUUCAGACGCUAUCAGGACGCCAAUGCUGUCCUUAAUGGAGCGGCCAACGCCAUCCUCCUCAUCGACUCUAUUGCCUUGAUGCCUCGUCACUCUUCCAUGGAGCUCUUCAACGCCGGGGACUUGGCUUCCAGCAACAGGAAACAGACCUAUGAGCGGUACCGCUGCCACGAGGGGUCGAAGAGCGUGACCCACCCUUCCAUGACUGACACCUGUGCUAAGCUGAUCGCAAGCAUGUCGGCUGUUAUUAACGACGGGGCUUUGCCUUGUAACUGCGACCCCCAGGGUUCCAUCAGCUCAGUGUGCGACGUCCGCGGGGGUCAGUGUCACUGCAGGCCCAAUGUGAUUGGCCGACAGUGCGAACAGUGUGCCCCAGGAACUUACGGUUUUGGACCCUCGGGCUGCAUUGCCUGCGGUUGCAGCGUGGAAGGCUCGGUCACUCGGCUGUGUGACAAGUACACCGGGCUGUGCCAGUGCCGCCCCGGAGCGUUUGGCCAACAGUGCGACAGAUGCCAGGCAGGUCACUGGGGCUUCCCCAACUGUCGCCCCUGCCAAUGCAACGGCCACGCCGACGAGUGUGACCAGAGAAGCGGCGCGUGCAUUCACUGUAGGGACAACACCGGAGGAGACCAGUGCGACAGGUGUGCCAAUGGCUACUAUGGUAACCCAAUCCUCGGCGUAGGAGCUGGCGGCUGGUGUCGCCCGUGCCCCUGUCCGGACGGCCCCACCAGUGGACGGCAUUUUGCAGCAUCCUGUUACCAAGACAACCGUAACCGGCAAAUUGUCUGCAACUGUAACCAGGGAUACACAGGGAUUGUUAAACGCUCCAGGCUAACCAUUUGUAAACGUACUCGAUGUGAGGCGUGUGCUCCCGGUUACUAUGGCAACCCCUCUCAGCCCGGGGGAGGCUGCCGGCCGUGCCAGUGCAACAACAACAUAGACAUGUCCGACAUUGACGCGUGCGACCGGCGGAUCGGCGAAUGCAGGAAAUGCCUUUACAACACGGAAGGACCCGACUGCGGCAUCUGCAAAAGUGGUUAUUUUGGAGACGCUUCAAGACGCAACUGCAGGAAAUGCAUAUGUAACUUCCUUGGUACGGAGCGCAGCCAGUGUAUGGAGCGUGAGGACUGCGUGUGUCAACGGCAAACAGGGCAGUGCCAAUGUCUACCAAACGUCAUCGGUCAGACGUGUGACCACUGCUCCCCCGGCCACUGGAACCUGGCUAGUGGAAAAGGCUGCGAACCCUGCAGUUGUGACCCCCACAACUCGGUCACCUCAUCAUGUAACGAGUUUAGUGGACAGUGUCAGUGCCGCGAUGGAUUCGGUGGGAAAACCUGCACAGACUGUCAGGAGAACUACUGGGGAAACCCUCGGACACAGUGUAGAGCUUGUGACUGCGACUGGCGAGGCAUUGAGACGUCUCAGUGCAACCGAGUCACAGGUCAUUGCGUAUGCCAGCAGGGGGUGUCGGGUGUCCGCUGUGACCAGUGUGCCCGAGGUUUCUCUGGCGUCUUCCCCAACUGCCAGCCCUGCCAUCAAUGCUUUGGGGACUGGGACCGCAUUGUCCAGGAUCUGGCGGUGCGCACCAGGGCUUUGGCAGAGCGUGCCCAUGAGAUUCAGACCACUGGCCUUACCGGCCCAUAUGAGAAGGCUUUCAGGGACCUUGAGGAGAAACUGGCCCAAGCUCAAAGUAUCGUCAACUCACGCAAUGCCACUGCUGCCGCCGUUACCACUCUGAUGGAGCUGAUUGAACAGCUUAGAUCUCAGAUCGGCGACACCACCGACACAUUGAACCGUCUGGAAGGAGAUCUGACUGUCGUCCAGGACAGCAACUCAGAAGUAAGCAAGGAGCUGAGUUCUCUUGAGAGAGAGGCCAGAGAACUGAACCUUACCUCAGAGCAGCUCCAUCACCAGCUUGAUAUCCUAAAAAACUCCAAUUUCCUAGGCGCAUACGACAGCAUUCGUACCUCCUACAACAAGUCUUACGACGCUGAGCGACGUGCCAACCAGUCGACCGUGAGCAGGCCCAGCACAGUCAGCCAAUCGGCAGACACCCGCCGUCGCACCGAGCGCCUCAUCUCUGCUAAGAAGGACGACUUUAACCGUAGAAAUGCCGCCAACAAGCGCUCGCUGGGAGAAAUCAAGACCAAAGUCCAGAAUCUGGACUUGCGGAAGAUCAACGAGAAGGUUUGUGGUACAAUGGACGACGCUCCCUGUGCUGAAAGCCCUUGCGGAGGUGCGGGUUGCCGUGACGAUGAAGGGAACCGUCACUGUGGAGGCCUAAACUGUAACGGUGCUGUGGCGGCAGCUGACAAUGCUUUGGAGAGAGCCAAGCAUGCAGAGAAGGAGCUCAACAAAGCCAUGGGAGAAGUGGAAGGACUCGUUACCAAGGUGGCGGAAGCAAAGACCAAGGCAGAGGAGGCCAGGGGGAAAGCCCAAGCAGCUCUCAACAAGGCCAAGGCCACCAAGAACCAAGUGGAGCGCUCCAACAAGGACCUGCGAGACCUUAUCAAACAGAUCAGGGACUUCCUCCUGCAGGAAGGGGCCGACCCUGACCAUAUCGAGGCGGUGGCCAAUCGUGUGCUGGAGCUCUCCAUCCCCGCUUCUCCUCUCCAGAUCAAACAUCUUGCGGACGAAAUUAAAGAGCGCGUCCGCAGCCUCUCCAAUGUCGAUGCCAUCCUGGCGCAGACGCAGAACGAUGUCCGUAAGGCGGAAAAACUACUACUGGAUGCCAAGAGGGCAAGGCAUCACGCUGAAGGUGUGAAGACCACCGCAGAGAGAGUGAAGCAGGCCUUGGUGGAUGCUAAGACUGCCCAGACAUCUGCAGAGAAGGCCAUCGCCAGAGCCAGAGCUGACAUUGAUGACACAGAAACCCGCCUGGCACAGAUAGAAUCAGAGACAUCUAACGGUGAGCGGCAACUAAGCGAAGCCAUAAACCGUCUGAGCACGUUGGGCCGUGAGAUCAAUGUGCUUAAGACCAAACGCGCUAACAACAGCAUGACAGCAGCUCGGGCUGAAGAGACAGCCACCAUGGCACGAGACAAGGCAAAUGAAGCCAAGCAGAUUCUAGAUGGACAGCUGACCGAUAAGUACCAUGAGGUGAAACAGCGUGUUGACACCAAAGCCAAAGCUGUUCAAGAUGCCAAGACGAAGGCAGAGAGCCUCAGGGACGAAGCGAAACAACUACUGCAGGACGCCCAGAAAAAGUUGCAGAGACUAACAGAGCUGGAGAAAAACUACGAAGAGAACGAGAGAAGGUUGGAAGGGAAAGCUCGUCAGCUGGAUGGCUUGGAAGACAAGAUGAAAGCAAUCCUCAAUGACAUCAACAAACAGAUCCAAAUUUACAACACAUGCCAGUAGUAGACGUCACUUCUGGGCUGACUUACUCUGCACCCUGCAUGUCGGGUGGAACAUGCCAGAAAAGCAGCAUGUGUGCAAGUUGUAUUGGUUUUCAGUGUUUAAAAAACAAUCUGGAAUUGUAUGCUUGUAAAUGUGAGUCCUAAAUAUUUAAAAAAAAAUGUGUGUGUAAUUUAAAUCACAGAUGUCAAAGUCCAAAGAUACGAGAUACAAUAACGUUUUUUUUUUUUCUUAUUUGGAGGCAGCAGGUAAAAAAAAAAUGGGAAGCUUGUUUUGAUCUUUACUCACCACGUUUGACCUGCUGGAAUUUAUACAUACUGACAACCGCUGAGUGGCUUGGUUUUGAACCGAUUACGGUAAAUCUAAACCGUCAUGUGUAACCCACUCCUGGUUUUUGUCAGAAUCGAACGGAAGCCAAUAAGGAAUGUCUGAAACAUGUAUUCUGGUAAUCAACUCCCAAGAUUAAGGGCGAUAUUAAGAACUGGUGAACUGAACGUAUAGUAUGACACUUGUCAGUAUUCCAUUACAGUUAACAUAACUGUUGAAUUUUACCAGCCUUAUAUUUCAUAUUCCUCAGAAUAGUUUCAAUUUAACAAUACAAACAUGUUUUACAGUACAAAGGUGUGUUAGGGCCACACAUAAAUAAUUAUACACUAUUAUAGUUAUUAUAAGAAUAAAUUGUAAAAUGUAUUUCACAUCAUAACUUGACACUACAUUCAACAUGUUUGACAAAAUGUGACAUACCAAAGAUGAGAACAAAAGUAAUAUUGUACUAUUGAAUUACAGUGCCUUAAUUUUGUCAAUAAAGGUUUUAAGUCUG